AUGUUAAAGUUAUUGAACAAUCUUGACCCUUUAGUACCAUCUUCUCCAUACCCUUGCGUGACCAGUCAGCCACAGCAGCAAAAUUCUCUCUCUUAUGGUCACACAAGAUCACGGCUUGGUUUUGUUUCCAAUGGUGAAAGAACUGAUAAGAAAGAUCGAGACGUUGGAUCUGUGAAUGCUCGGGAGCUAAAAUCUGAGGUGGGUUUUGGUUCAAAUGAAGUAAAAGAGGAGUCUUUGAAAGGUGUGGUUGAUUUUCAGGGUGGAAAAUCUGAUGGAGUUGAAGAGGAGAGUGAGUUUUGGAGACAACCUGAUGGGUUGAGUUAUAAGCCUUGCUUAAAGUUUAGUGGUGAGUACAGGAGAGGGAGUGAGAUGAUUGUUGAGGAUAGGAGAAGGUAUUUACUAGUUGUGGUUUCCGGUGGAAUGAAUCAGCAGAGGAAUCAGAUAGUGGAUGCUGUGGUGAUUGCAAGGAUUCUUGGUGCUGCUUUGGUUGUUCCCAUUCUGCAAGUCAAUGUCAUUUGGGGGGAUGAAAGUGAAUUUUCUGAUAUAUUUGAUUUGGAGCACUUCAAGAGAGCUCUAGCAAAUGAUGUGAGAAUAGUUUCGUCAUUGCCAUCAACUCAUAUAACUACAAGACCAGUGGUUGAGAGCCGAACUCCACUCCAUGUCUCCCCUCAGUGGAUCCGUGCACGCUAUCUCAAAAGGCUUAACAGGGAAGGUGUUUUGCUUUUACGUGGUUUGGAUUCAAGGCUCUCUAAAGAUCUUCCUUCUGAUCUUCAGAAACUUAGAUGCAAGGUGGCAUUUCAUGCAUUGAGGUUUGCACCACCAGUUUUGGAGCUUGGUAACAAGCUUGCAGAGAGGAUGCGGAGCAAAGGACCCUAUCUUGCUCUCCAUCUGCGGAUGGAGUUGGAUGUAUGGGUGAGGACUGGAUGCCAUCCUGGUUUGAGCCGUGAAUAUGAUGAGAUGAUCAAUAAUGAGAGGAAACAACGGCCUGAACUCCUUACUGCAAGGUCAAACAUGACUUAUCAUGAAAGAAAGCUUGCUGGUCUCUGCCCCUUGAAUGCCUUAGAGGUUGCAAGGCUUCUUAAAGCUCUUGGAGCUCCAAAAAGUGCUAGAAUAUACUGGGCAGGAGGGCAACCACUUGGUGGGAAAGAAGCUUUGCUGCCACUAACCAGAGAAUUUCCUCAUUUCUACAACAAGGAAGAUCUUGCCUUACCUGGUGAACUUAAACCAUUUGCAAACAAAGCUUCCUUAAUGGCUGCCAUUGAUUAUAUAGUUUCAGAGAACAGUGAUGUGUUUAUGCCAUCUCAUGGUGGAAACAUGGGUCAUGCAAUCCAGGGACACAGGGCAUAUGCAGGACACAAGAAGUAUAUAACCCCAAACAAAAGACACAUGCUCCCUUAUUUUCUAAAUUCUUCUCUCCCUGAAGCAGAGUUCAGCAGAGUCAUAAGAGAGUUGCACCGUGACUCCUUAGGGCAACCGGAACUCAGGACUAGCAAAGCUGGAAGAGAUGUUACGAAGUAUCCAGUUCCUGAGUGUAUGUGUAGAGACUCGCAUGCUCACUCGUUGUGA